UGCCUGGAAGACCGAAUUAAGAUACGGGACUGCCGGACUAAAUUUACCGAUCGGAAGUUACCAAGCAAACUACAGCAAUUCAUCAGGUGUAACAGAGAAAAGUUUGUAGAGUGCAACGGAAUUAAGUUCGUAAUCAACCAGUGGAAAGGAAUGACGGAGCAAUUCGAGAUCAACACUAGUAGGAGUAAGGGAUUCCUAGCCCGAGGAGGGGGCCGGGGUAUUCCUGGAAAUUCUUGGUGGGGGUACCGUGUGCCGCCCGUUUCUCCAAAUCCUGACCCUAUUUCACCAAAAAAUGUCAUUUUCACACCCGUUUUCAGACCAGACCUGUAAAUAUAUACCCGUUUUUAGGCAGAAAUUAUGUCAUCAUUACUUAGCUGAGAACGCAGACAAAAAAUUUUUGCAAUCCAUUUCGAAUUCGCAUAUUUCUCUUUCUUUCCUACUCACUUGAAAUUGAAACGAUAAAUAAUUUCAUUCACUCCCGUAGCUCCCUCCAAAACCAUAUCUGAUUCCAGACCAAAAUGGUCAAAGUGUAUACGACGUAUACCCUUUAGACUUAUAUAAGUACCCCCCCCCCGCGAUUCCUAAAAAGACUGAUCCAGUAGAUUGUAGGACAUAACGAGAUUAAUCGCCAUCAGAACUAAAAUGAGAAGAGAGAUAAAUCCUACAAAACAAUGUUGAGGCAUCGCAAAGUCAUCUUAAUGUGCAAAUCGCGCCGAACUGAGCAUUGUAUCCAUAUUUUCAGGGGCGCCGUCCACGCGCUGGUAACUAUGUGUACUCUCCUCCAACUAAAGUGACCCGGAUUCAAAUCCCGGCGUCGAGGGCACAGAGGUUUUUCUCUGGGUACUCCGGUCUUCCCGUCUCCUAAAAAUCCAACAUUGCCAAAUUCCAAUUCGACAACCCUGUCGAUGGGCCACCUCUAAAAACAUCAGCUAUUUAUUAUUUAUUUAUUAACUAAUUGUGUAAUAACAGAAGCAAUGGGUGUCGCUCUUUACUCUGAAUUGGGUUGGAAUUUUUAUUGUUUCUAAUAAAUAUGACCAGAUGACAGAAUUCUUGACCCAGCAAAACGAAUAAUUAUUGCGCUCCUUGCAUCCUUUCCUUCCCUCUCAGAAUUAAAUCCUUCCAUGGGCGUAGCUAACUUUUUGACUUGUUCUAGGCCUGUUCCCUAAAGGUAGCGUCUAAGGAGAUCGGUAAUACACUGCACCAGAAUUUUUCUUUUACAAAGAUCGAUCUUCACAAAUAUAUGUCUUCAAUUGUAUGCGUAUAAAAGCUCAGCAAAUAGAUUGUAUCUAAAUUUCGAACUACUGAUCUCAGUACCAACUAUAAAUAGAGCCUUAACUUCCGUCAAUGGUAUAUGUGACCAGGAGCACAUCGGCUCCUGUAUAUGUUAAAACCAACCUAUCCAAUAGCGAAGAAAAAAAGAUCAAUCGUCCUGUUUUUUCAGAGGCUUCGAAAUCAUCUAAGCAGCAUUAGUCUCCAUUCUUUGAAAGUGUCACCCUUAAGGUCCUUAAGGGUACGUCUGACUUGGGAGAUGUAUGACCUUAUCCGAGUUGAAUGAAACCCGAAUAUUCAUCUUCAUACGCCUGAUCUGUUGUCCCGCCAUUCAGCUAAUCUUACAGUGAAUAGCAGUUAGUCUGCUCCAGGCGUUCAGAUAAUGGAGCGCGGCAGUCAGAUGGUAGGUUCAAGCAUGUUUAUGUAGUCUUUUUUAAAAUAUUUUUAUUCUCAAGCGCUGAUGAAAAUAGUAAUAUUGAUAUCGGCGCUAUACAAGUUAUUAUUAUUAUUAUUAUUAUUAUUACUAUUAUUAUUAUUAAAAAUAGGACUGCGAUAUUUUACUCACCGAAACGGCCCCAUGUUAAGGGAUAAAAAAACAGAUGCUCCUGACCGUACAGUGCACGACAGGGAUGCUUACCAUUUGACAGAAAAAUCCGUUUGGGGUGUCGAAAGCAUAAUGGUAAGCGAUUUACCAGUUUACCGUAGAACUAGUGCCACAUCUGUUACGGUUUGA